CGCCAAUGGAAGGAAGAGAGCGUCUUCGUCCUCCUCCUCUCCCCCAUUUUCCCCACCCAUUGCCUUCAAAUUCCUCUCAUUUUGGCACGUGUUUACGCCUUUCCCUUUGGUGAAACUCAAAUAUAAUAUAAGAAAAAGCAUUUUUCUAAUUUUAUUUUCUCUCUCUCAUCUAAUAUAAAUAUAUUAAUAGUUUUAGCCAAGUUUUGAAUACAAAAAUUGUGUGCUGGAACAACGCCAAGAGUGGAGAGGAGAGGAGAGGAGAGGAGGAAGGGGGAUCUCUUUACCCUAGCCAAGCCAAGCGAGCUUUAUUUAUUUGCAGACAGCUCGGGGGUCGAUGCCGGUGCGCAAAGGCGAUUUCAGGUUUUAAGGUUUGUUGGAUCGGCAUCGGCAUCGCUGUUCACAUCGAUAUCCACGGGCUCUUUCUUGCUUAAAUUAUUUUGGGCUUAAGCAGAUCUUUCGUACAUAUAAUUUUCGUUCCAGUGAAUUUAAUCCUCUUCACGGAACAUUUUGCAGCUGUGUCCACAGCCUCAGUAUUUGUGUUAUAUAAUGUAGGAGCAUAGACCUGCAGCUGAAGGGAGAAGGUUUUGAUUAGCAAGAGAAACUUGAUUCAUUCUUUUGUGGAUCUGACUCAAUUUGUCACGUUGCCUGCCUACUUAACCCCUGGUUAAGCUGGAAAUAGCCUCUCUGGCCCAGUGACCUUUCACAGCUGUAAAUGCCAUAACAAUUUUGUGGUUAGUGGAAACGGAGUGGAUGAUUACCAGGCAUAAUAUGAUACUUAGAGUGAUCAGCGCAGAGAAUUUGAAAUAACUUUUUUUCUUAAAAUUUUUGCGGUUAAACAGAGUUUCAAGUAAACAGAAAAUGGCCUCUUCAAGGAAACCACGAUUGACUAGUAAACGCUCUGGAAAAGCCUCAGAUGGGGCACAAGAGAAAGAUGAUGGUGGUGGCACAUAUAAGAAUCGGCAACGGAAGCGUAAGCUGUCUGAUAUGCUAGGUCCACAGUGGAGCAAAGAAGAAUUAAAAAGCUUCUAUGAAGCUUACCGAAAGCAUGGGAAGGAUUGGAGGAAGGUUGCUGCUACAAUGCGUGGCAGGACACCUGAGAUGGUUGAGGCUUUAUACAAUUUGAACAGGGCUUAUUUGUCCCUUUCUGAUGGAACUGCGUCCGUGACUGGAUUCAUAGCAAUGAUGAUUGAUCACUACAAUAUAUUGGAGGGGAGCAAUAGUGAUCGGGACAGUAGUGAUGGCUCUGGACGACCUCAAAAGCAAAGUCGAUUGAAGCAGAAUCCAAACAGUGCAAAUAAUUAUGAUGGAAGCUAUACAGGUUUGUUACAAUGUCGAUCAGGACCUUCAAAUUAUGGGUGCCAGUCUCCUGUGAAGAAAAGGAGGUCCAGAGUCAAACUGGCUGCAGGUAAUCGGCUACGUGUUGUUGGGAAAAGAACACCACGUUUUCCAGUUUCUUGUAAAGUGGAAAGGCACAGUUCUGAGACAGUGCUGUUUAGCAAACAAGAGCCUGUCUCUGAUGAUGAUCAUGAUGAUUAUGAUGUUGCUAAAGCUGCUGCCCUGACUUUAACAGCAGCUUCACAAAGGGCAGCAUCUCCUCAAAUUUCACGAACUCCAAGCAGGACUACACUGCAGAUGAGAUCAUCUCCUGUCCGAAAUGGCGAUUUAAAGGGUUUUCAUGUACGGAAUGGGUCUGGGGGUUCUGCUAUCAAGCAUACAGGGUCUGCAAUGGAUGAAGGCGGUUUAGAAGGUAGUCAAGAAAGCAGAGAAAUAGGCAAUGCCAGUAUUAGAAAGGCAGAUGAGAUGACGUUGCCUGAACCAGCUGGUGCAGAAGCUGCAGGCAAUCUUAAAAAUAAGCUGAGAAAGCUGCCUAUAACAGAAUCAAAGCAGCAGGGAUUAGAAGAUGAAUAUUUUGAUGACAUCAAAGAAGAGUGCAGCUGCACAGAAGAGGGCAUUGGAAUUGAAGAUGAGAAGGAUGAAGCAAUGGACACAGAGGCAGUAGAUACCAGGAGGAGAAAGAAACCUCUCCUACAAAGGUCAAGAAAGAGAAGCAGACAGUUAUUUUGUGGAGAUCAAAGUUUUGGGCUUAAUGCUUUGGCAACUUUGGCAGAAGUAACACUAAAUGGACUUAUGCCAUCACCUACCGCUGAAUCUGAGUCAUCUGUGCAGGUGAAGGAAGAGAAAAAGGAUAAUAGCAAACAACAGAAAGGUGAAAGAAUUGGACGACGGGUUAGAGAAGAUGGUCUCCAAGAAGAGAGGCCUAGAACUUUGUUGAACCGAGAAAAUGAACCAUUGUACAAGACUUCUGUCAAUAGUAUUGAAGUGGAGACAAAAGAAAAGCAUCAUGAACAUGUAAGAAGUGUUGGUUUUGAAAGAGAGCAUGGAAGUCCUAUCAUUGAAUCGAAGAAGCGGAGAAGGAAGCCGAGUGCUGUAAAACAGUUGGAAGCAUUAGGCGAAACAACUUCUAGAGAGAUACAAAAGUCAGAGGCUUUACUUGUAGAUGGAACAAAAUUUAAAAAUAAGAAGAGAACAGCAAAUGUACAUGCACUUUCCAAGCAGGGAAGAUUGGUGAAGCCUCUUCCUAUGUCUACUUCGGACCCUGAAUUUGCUAUAUCAGACAGAGGUGUAACAGAAUAUAUAGUGCCGUAUUCUGCUGUAGGCCAAGUAAGCUUGCCCACAAAACUUCGAAGCAGACGCAAAGCGUCUUUACAAAGGGCAUUUUCAUCAAUGCCUGGUAAGAGUCUAGAGAAUUGUGAGAGUGCUGUAGUCAACGAGCAAUCUGAACUACACAAUAAUGUGUCUGUAUUUUGUCCUCAUAGUGUAACAGAUGGGGUUUCAAGCAUGAAGGCAAAAUUGACUCAUUGUUUAUCAUCACAAUUGCUACGGCAGUGGUGUACAUAUGAAUGGUUUUACAGUGCAAUUGAUUGGCCAUGGUUUGCACGGAAUGAGUUUGUAGAAUAUUUGAAUCAUGCAGGUCUUGGACAUGUUCCUAGACUUACUCGUGUUGAGUGGGGUGUUAUACGCAGUUCUCUUGGUAAGCCACGUCGUUUAUCCAAAAGAUUCCUUCAAGAGGAAAGGGAGAAAUUGGAACAGUAUCGUGAGUCAGUACGGAAGCAUUACAAUGAAGUUCGAGCUGGAAUUCGUGAGGGUUUGCCAACAGAUUUAGCUCGGCCUUUAUCUGUAGGCCAGCGUGUUAUUGCUUGCCAUCCAAGAACAAGGGAAGUGCAUGAUGGCAAUAUUUUGACUGUUGAUCGAAAUAGAUGUAGAGUUCAAUUCGACAGGCCAGAAUUGGGAGUUGAAUUUGUAAUGGACAUUGACUGCAUGCCCUUGAAUCCUUUGGAGAAUAUUCCAGACGCACUGAGAAGAAACAAUAUAGUCUUGGAAGGAUCGGGUCGGAUGUCUGAAGGCAUACAAGUGGAGACAAAAUCUAGAGGAUGGGGUGUUCAUAUUUCUCCAAAGAUUGCUCUGAAUGAAAAACUGGAGAAGGCAGGAGAUGGACCUUCAUUUGGUCCCCCAUCUAAAUAUUCUUUCAAUACAUUAUUGAAGCAGGCAAAGGGGGAUACAGUUGAUUCUGUUAUACAAGCAAAGGCUGCUGCAAAUGAAGUCGUUGCAGCUGCUCAGAAAGCUAUGUAUAACCAGCCUUGUACAUUAGCACAAAUACAGGCCAGAGAGGCUGAUAUCAGGGCACUUGCUGAAUUGACACGUUCUCUUGACAAGAAGGAGGCAAUUUUAGUUGAAUUGAGGCAUAUGAAUGAUGAAGUUAAUGGUCACCAGAAAAAUGGAGAGGCCGUGAGAAGUUCAGAUAAUUUUCAGAAGCAGUAUGCAACUGUUAUUCACCAGCUUAGGGAUGCCAACGAGCAGGUUGCUUCUGCUCUUGUAUAUUUGAGACAGCGAAAUACAUACCAAGAAAAUUCAAUACCUCCAUGGCAUCGUACAAUUGCAGUUUCUUCAGGUGUUGUGAUGGACCCCAGCGCUCCUCUAGCAUUGGAUACCUGUCCACUGAUUGGGGAAAUAAUUAAUAAGUCAAGGAGGAGGGCAAGAACAUUGGUGGAUGUUGCUAUGCAGACAAUUUCAUCACUCAAGGAAGGGGACGAUGUUCUCAGAAAGGCUGGUGGAGCUUUUGAUCCCAUACGCAAUGUAGAUGCUGUCACUGAUUCUGGCAAUUUGGGAGUGAAACUAGGAUCUUCUCAAUUUGAUUCGAGUAGAGAUACUGAGCAGGAAACACAUAGUUUCCGAGAGAAUUCAUUUUUCUCGUUUGGACCUGAACAGACAGUAGAAAACAUUUCUGAUGUUAAGCACAAAGGUCUUUCAAUGGGGAAGGAGUUACCAGUACCAUCGGACCUCAUCACAUCAUGUGUUGCCACCCUGCUCUUGAUUAAGACUUGUACAGAGAGACAAUAUCCACCAUCUGAUGUGGCACAGAUGCUGGAUGGUGCAGUUACAAGUUUGCAACCCUAUUCUAGCCAGAAUGUUGUUAUAUAUAGAGAAAUACAGCAGUCAUUGGGUGUUGUUAAGAAUCAAAUCUUUUCAAUGAUACCAACUCAUCCAAACAUUGCUGUCUCUGCAGAGCUUCCUAGUCUGUCAAAGAAAUAAAAUCCAGAUUUUUCAUUUUAAUGAAAAAUGAGAGAUGUGUUCAUAAUCGAUUCGAAGGAUUCCCUUCCAAUGUGAUUGGAUUGACCUCAAGUAACAAUUAUAGUGGUCAAACUUGCCCAAAUAAAGUCCAUAUGCUAAGUCCGUUUAAGGCCAGUGGCAUGUGGUUAGGAUCAAAUUUCGGUCUUGUUGCAAAUAUGUUCCUUUUAUGUUGUAUGGAGGCAGAUAUCUGCCAUCAAUCGUUCCUUUUCAUGUUGGUAUUUUUCUGCCAGCAUGUCCCACCAAUGUGAAAAUAUUUGUCAAAUUUGCCAUCAAUUUCUUAUAAUAUUACUGAUAAUCUAAAAUGUUCGAUGGAAGAUAUUAAAUGGGUCAAACCAAUCUAUACACAAUCCAUAUUAUUUUCCAUUAAACAUAUUAAGUCGAACUUGGUAUUCAGUGGGCUAAGGCACAGCUCGUUUUAGACCACAAAGAGCAAAUAUUACGAGGUCCACGCAGUCCAGCUAAGUUUUGAUUUAGCUUUUCUUCUAUGUGGCAAAUCUGUAUGGCGCUAAGAAGGGUCACUUGUCUUGUAGUGACCAUCUAUUGCCUCAGGUUUAUGUUUGCAACUUCAGCAGACAAUGCUGUGUAUUCUCAUAUUUAUUAGCUACUUGUAAGUGUGUGUCUCAUUUAUUUUAGAUCCAUUGUUGCAGAGGGAAUCUCCCGCCUUUGUAGUAAGCGGAUCACACAUGCCAACCUGUGUUACAAUCUUGUUGGAAAUGCUCUAAACACUGUUUCAGAUAUUGGAAAUUGAUCCUAUAGACAUGAAUAUUGUAAUGUUCUUAACUUAUUCUUCUAAAUCGGUAGAUGUUCAUUUGUACAA